AGAACGACGCAAUUAAACGAAAGUAACUAAAUCUCUGAACCAAUGGGAGCUGUUUUGGGCCUCUGUUCUGCCGCCCAGUGCGCCCUCUGCUGCGGUGGCACUGCGGCGAGCAUGUGCUGCUCGGCCUGUCCCAGCUGCACGAAUGCAUCCUCCUCCCGGUUCAUGUACGCCUUCAUCCUGCUGGUGGGCACUGUCCUGGGGGCCAUUGCCCUGUCGCCCGGGCUGCAGGACACUCUGAAGAAGCUGCCCUUCUGCAUCAACUCGACAUCAACGUAUAGCUCCAAGGCCAUUGACACCUUCUCGGGUGGUUCCCUGCAGGUGGACUGUGAAUAUGCGCUGGGAUACAUGGCUGUCUAUAGGGUCUGCUUCGGUAUGGCCUGCUUCUUUGCGCUAAUGGCUCUGAUUAUGCUGGGGGUGAAGAGUUCCCGGGAUCCGCGCUCACACAUACAGAACAACUUUUGGCCACUGAAGUUCCUGAUUUGCUUUGGAGCCGCCAUCGGGGCCAUCUUCAUACCAGACGGCUCCUUUGGUCCGGCGAUGAUGUGGGUGGGUCUCAUUGGCGGCUUGGCAUUCAUACUCGUACAGUUGGUCAUCAUUGUGGAUUUCGCACACAGUCUGGCAGAGUCUUGGAUCGAGGGCGCCGAAAACAGUCGUGGCUACUACUACGCCCUGGCUGGGGUCACUCUCCUGGGCUAUAUCUUAUCGCUGACGGGCAUUACUCUGCUGUAUAUCUACUUUACCACGUCCACUGGCUGCGGCAUCAACAAGUUCUUCAUCUCUAUUAAUCUGAUCUUCUGCCUGGUCAUCAGCGUCAUCUCUAUACUGCCGGCUGUCCAGGAGCGUCUUCCCCACUCGGGCCUGCUGCAGAGCUCUCUUGUCACCCUGUACACUGUCUACUUGACCUGGUCGGCUGUGGCUAACAAUCCAGAGAAGGCCUGCAAUCCGGGAAUGUUUGGCCUGAUGGAAGGAUUCGGAAAUGGCACUACCACCACCAUUGCGCCACCCACUCCGCCCUCGCACAACUCAAAGGUUACCUUCGAUACGACCAACAUCAUUGGCCUGGUCGUUUGGCUGCUCUGCAUCCUGUACAACUGCAUCAGCUCCGCCGUGGAGGUGUCCAAGAUCACCCAUGACAACAGCGAGAAGCGUGUUUUAACAGAAGCUCUAUCAGACACAGAGGCGGCCACUGACGCCGACGGCAAGCCGAGCGCCGACAACGAGGUCGAGGGCGUCACCUACUCCUGGUCCAUGUUUCACAUUGUCUUUGUCUGCGCCUCCCUCUACGUGAUGAUGACCCUCACCAAUUGGUACAAACCCAACUCGGAUAUUGAGCUCUUCAAUGGCAAUGAGGCUUCCAUGUGGGUCAAGAUCAUCUCCAGCUGGCUGGGCGUCUUCAUCUACGGCUGGAGUCUGGCCGCCCCCAUAAUUAUCUCCAAUCGCGACUUCAGUUAAACAACUGUAGUAUUAUAUAUAUAUAUAUCUAUCUUAAAAUUAUCUAGGAGUGGUGCUUAACGAGCAUAGCGAGAAUGCCAAAUUUGGAAACAGAUGGAAAAGAGUGUGUCCAGGACACUACUGGACAAAAAGAAGAUUAAUCUUGCAUUAUUUUGACUCUUAAUGUGGUGUUUACUCAACCUCAAUCAACUUAUUCUCCAACUUGCAGUUAUCCAUUAAAAACAUUAUCUAUAUCUACUAUAUUUACAAAUAUAUAACGAGAACUUUAGCGUCGUCAAACUA